AUGGUUAGUGGGGCAGGAGCAGAUGAAGUUUAUGUACCAUCAUUGUGGAGCUAUGAGCAUCUCAGAUUUCUGGAUCAAUCUGCUCCUGUCCGAAAAGGAGAGUCAAACCUGGAAGUUUUUAUUGAAACUCAGGAGGAGGAGGAAGAAGAAGAAGAAGAAGAAGAAGAAGAAGAAGAAGAAGAUGAGUAUGAUUGUAAGAAUCUUGACAGCAUACAUGAGACUGGUCAUGAUAAUUAUAUCAGUCACGAAACACCAUCAGUUAGUCGAGGAUCAACUAGCCGACCAACAACCAAUCGCAUAUCAACCAGUCGAACACCAACGAGUAGAGCAUCGACAGAUGAACCGAAAAAUAAAAAACAGAAGGCAAAUGACUCGAUUGUAGCAGUGAUGGAGAAAGCUGCAACAAUAUUAACAGAUUCAUCACAGCUACAAGAAUUGGAUACUGUUGAUGCUUUUGCAGUAAUGAUAUCAAAUGAAAUGAAGUUAAUUAAAAAUAAACAAAGAUUUCGAACUUUAAGACGAAACAUUCAGAAUUUGAUAGAUCGAGCCCUAGAAGAAAAGGAGGAGGAAGAAUUAACAAAAUUUAUGGGAUGA